GAGACAGAGGGAGAGAGAGAGAGACAGAGACAGAGAGGAGGGGGUGAAGAGACUCAGGACAGAAGCUUCAGCGGCACCCAGCAGAGGACUCGGGUGCUGCAGAAAACAAAUAAAUAACCACGAACCGUGAGCUGGACAGCAAACCAUGACGAACGAAGGCGUCGAGGGCACGGAGCGGUUCCUGAGCCCGGGCAGCGGCAGAGGCCUGCGGGCGGUGAGGCACUUCUCUGUGGGGGAGCUGGUGUUCGCCUGCCCUGCCUACUCGUACGUGUUAACCGUGAACGAGAGGGCAGCGCACUGCGAGUACUGCUUCACCAGGAGAGAAGACCUUUCUAAGUGUGGCAAAUGUAAGCAGGCGUACUACUGCGAUGUCGACUGUCAGAGAGGCGAUUGGCCCAUGCAUAAGCUGGAGUGUGUAGCUAUGUGUGCUUAUGGGGAGAACUGGUGUCCCUCAGAGACGGUCAGACUGGUGGCUCGAAUCCUCAUGAAACAGAAAGUCACAACGGAGCGGACUCCUUCAGAAAGGCUGCUGCUGCUCACAGAGUUUGAGUCCCAUCUAGAUAAGAUGGACAGUGAGAAGGACGAGAUGAACCAGGCCGACAUAGCAGCGCUCCACCACUUCUACGCCAGGCACAUUAGUGACCUUCCUGACCAACAGGCUCUCAUCGAGCUUUUUGCACAGGUUAACUGUAAUGGUUUCACCAUAGAAGACGAAGAGCUCUCCCAUCUGGGAUCGGCUGUUUUUCCAGAUGUAGCGCUGAUGAAUCACAGCUGCAGCCCUAAUGUGAUAGUGACCUAUAAAGGCACAGUGGCUGAGGUCAGAGCUGUCCUAGAGAUAAACCCUGGAGAUGAGAUUUUUAACAGCUACAUAGACUUACUCUAUCCAACGGAGGACAGGAGGGAGAGGUUGUUAGACUCGUACUUCUUCACAUGCCAGUGCACGGAGUGCACCUUCAAGUCUAAGGACAAAGCUAAAAUGGAGAUCAGGAAGCUGAGCUCUCUACCAAAACAAGAGGAAGUCCGAACUAUGGUCCUUUAUGCCAAGAAUGUCAUCGAGGAGUUCAGGAGAGCCAAACACUACAAGACCCCCAGUGAGCUGCUGGAGAUAUGUGAGCUGAGCCUGGAGAAGAUGGGAGCUAUAUUUGCAGACACCAAUGUGUACAUGCUGCACAUGAUGUAUCAGGCCAUGGGUGUCUGUCUCUACAUGCAAGACUGGGAUGGAGCUAUGAGCUACGGAGAGAAGAUCAUUCAGCCAUACAGUGUCCACUACCCAGCCUACUCUCUGAAUGUGGCGUCUAUGUAUCUGAAACUGGGACGUCUGUAUCUGGGGCUGGAGAAGAAGAAACAAGGAGUCAAAGCUCUGAAAAAAGCAGUUGCCAUCAUGGAGGUGGCUCACGGGAAGGAUCACAAUUAUGUAGCAGAAGUCAAACGAGAAAUUGAGGAGCAGAAGUAAACGAGGGGCAGCAGGAGGUGCAUAAAGAGUGAAGAGGGAGAAUUUGUGAGGAGCACUGAAUUGCAUUGAGGAGACUCUAAAUGUCAACUGCAUGCCUUGCAACUUAUUGCCCCCCACGGUUUUUCAUUGCCCACUCUUUUAGUUUCUUUUUCUAGGUCUACUUUGUGUUGCUGAGGAAGACCACCUUUUGUACCGCUUCCAAACCUUGUUUUAAAAGCAGACAGGUUAGGAUUACAAUCAGGGUUUUUUUGCAAAACAAAGGAACGGAAUACUUGAAGUUUACAAAACUCAUUGAAUACUGCGACUCAAAACGGAUUACAUUUUGGUGAAAAAAUAAAAACGUAACAUCUUUUGAAGAAAACAAAGCUUUCGUUUUACAGCUACGUAAAAAUUAAUUUUCUGAUGCAGAAUGAUUUUCUUCCUGAAUGAAUGAAUUCACUUUAGGCCCCUCAAUGCACCACGUGUUCAUCAUGUAUGUCUUUGUUAGCAGUUUUAGCUGCUCAGUUGGGCCACAGAUCAGUUGUUCAAUGUUUUUUACUUCUGUACAAACUGGUGACUUGUUGAUUUGAAGGUCAUUGCUACCUUUUUCCCGUUCAAUGCAUUUUGAUUCAAAUCAAACAGAGUUUCUGUUUCAUUAAUUCUUGUUUAAACGGUCAUUAAAAAGCAUCAGGUACUUUGUAGCUACAGAGAAAUGACCUCAAAGAACUACUGCUGAAUGAAUAACCAUUUGUAUGAUUGGCUUGUCUUUUUGUUUUAAAGAACCAGGAAACAUGAAGCCUGUUUAUGUUGAAGUUUGUUGACCAAAGGGGCCGUAGGUUUGACCGACGUCUCUAUCCAGUGUAUCCUAAAACAGGGAGGGGUGCUGAUCUGAUGCCAGUGAUGGCAUUGGGACUGUGAGCUGACCGAUGAUCCUGGAUAAGAGCUUCUAUGCUCUCAGGAAAAAAGUUUCAACACUGUAGCUUUUGUUGCCUUUUUUCUUGAGCUACAUUAUUCCACCUUUUGUAGUGUUGCAAAUCCAGGUAGUUCUAACCCUGGGAAUGAAAUAGCUUAAGCAGAUUCAGUGAUAACACUGUUAAAUUUAUCGCCAAAAACUAGGAAUUCAUCUCCCUCUAUUCUGUUUUAGUGCCACCAUCCUUUAGCAGAUUAACUUCCUGUUUAAACCGUAAUACAGAGCAAAUGUACCAACAUGGCCAUGUUUUUGUAAGUAUUAACUAAUCAAAAUCCUGAGGAGGAGCUGUCCCGGUGUUGACGUGACUGAAUCACAAUACAUAAAUCGGAGAUUUAACAUGCAGUGUAGGUAAAAGGCUUUAUAAGUCCGGAUCAUCACAUGGGCCUCAUUUAAGGGGUUUGGUUGAAGUCCAAAUUUAACAAUAUUUGAGAUAAUAUGCCGUCAGCAUUGCAAGCCUUUUAAAAAAAUGUUUUGUUAAUUAUUACCACUUUAUAUUGGUGGAUAUUUGGCCCACCUGAAGACUUCAUACCAGCAGAGAAUCUACAGCCACAUAUCUAAUCUUAGCAUGUUUACUAAGAUGUGGCUUCUCCCUUUUGUUUACUAUGGAUGUAGUUUCAUGCACCAUGUUGAUGUGGGUUACUGAGGGUUAAAAGUAGCCCAUUGUUAUGACUUACCUGCGGUCAUAUUUGUAGCAACUCAUGCAUGUGUGGCUCUCUUGUCACUUGCAAAAAUGCAUUUAGAAGGUGCGUGUCUUGACAGUUUUGUCAAGGUAAUCCCAAAUCACCGCCUCAUCCAAUCUCUUCCACAUUUUAUUUUUUGCAUAUGUUUUUACAGACAUUUUAAAGGAGGGUUUGUCGCAUGGUUUGAACAAGCCAUAAAACAUGCUUUUUGAGUGCUUUAUUUAAUUUCUGGCUGGACUCUUAAGAACAUGCAAAUUAUUUUGUUUCCUGUGACUUCAUGAAGGAGAACCUGUGGCAUAAGGGUUAAAACAAACAUGCUAAACCUAAUGGCUGUGCAGAUGUUUUUGCAGUUUUUUUCUGUAAUGAGCUCUUACUUAAUCAGGCAUGAAUCUUAUUCUAUUGGAAUGCACAAACUAUAAUCUGGGCCUCUGAUUAUUUCUGUACCAUAUCAGUGGAACUAAAUAAAUGGUAGCAUUGCACUUGCUUUCCUAAGUACACUCAUAUUAUGUUGCUGUGCUAUAAAUGUUUCUGUACCACCACUA